CCGCGGGGAUGGCCGCCGGGGCGGGGAGGCCGGGCCCUUGCGCGGGGCGCACGCGUUAAGUUGCACCGCACGUGUAAGAGAAAUUCUCCUUUUCAGAGCGGCCGGGAGCCCUGCUCGAGAAGGAGCGCACCCGGGUCGCCGCCGCGGCAGAGCGGGGUUAGCAAUCUGAAGCAAUGGGCGACUGGAGCUUUCUGGGGAGACUAUUAGAGAACGCACAGGAGCACUCCACGGUCAUUGGCAAGGUUUGGCUGACGGUCCUGUUCAUCUUCAGGAUCCUGGUGCUGGGCGCCGCAGCCGAGGAGGUGUGGGGGGACGAGCAGUCAGACUUCACGUGUAACACGCAGCAGCCCGGCUGCGAGAACGUCUGCUACGACAAAGCCUUCCCCAUCUCCCACAUCCGCUUCUGGGUGCUGCAGAUCAUCUUUGUGUCCACGCCCACCCUCAUCUACCUGGGCCAUGUGCUGCACAUCGUGCGCAUGGAAGAGAAGAAGAAAGAGCGGGAGGAAGAGCUGCUGAAGGGCGACAGCCCGCACCACGGGCCGGCUGCACGCUGUGGGCCGGGCGGCCACAGCCAGAAGGACAGGCCGCCGGUGCGGGAUGACCGGGGCAAGAUCCGAAUCGCCGGGGCCCUGCUCCGGACCUACGUGUUCAACAUCAUCUUUAAGACGCUGUUUGAAGUGGGCUUCAUCGCCGGGCAGUACUUUCUGUACGGCUUUGAGCUGAAGCCGCUGUACCGCUGUGACCGGUGGCCCUGCCCCAACACGGUGGACUGCUUCAUCUCCAGGCCCACAGAGAAGACCAUAUUCAUCAUCUUCAUGCUGGCCGUGGCCUGCGUGUCCCUCUUACUCAACAUGCUGGAGAUCUACCACCUGGGCUGGAAGAAGCUUAAACAAGGAAUGACCAACCACUACCGCUCAGACUCCCCUGAAUCCAGGGUGGGGGCCACAAACCCAGGGGGUGUGAGCCCACUCCUCCUCCCCUCCCACUCUGCCCCGCCCACGGUUACCAUCGGAUUCCCGCCUUACUACACUCACUCUGCCUCUUCCCUGGCAAAGGCCACGGCCGCGGGCUACCCCGGAGCCCCUCCACCAGCAACAGACUUCAACCUGGCAGCCCUGAACGAGGCACCGGGGAAGGACCACCCCGCCAAAUUCUACAACGGCAACCACCACCUGCUAGUGACAGAACAGAACUGGGCCAACCAGGAGGCCGAGCAGCAGACUUCUGCGAGGAAGGCCUCCCCUCCAGCGUCGGCUUCUGCGACCCUGAGCCCUACAGGCAGCGCCCAGCAGCUCCCUGAGAACGGUGGCGCGGGAAGCAGCGCGCCCGGCCUGUCGCUGAACGGGCACGGCAGCAGCUUGGGAGAGAGCAAACUGGCAGUGACUCCCGACGACGGGGAGCAGGCAGUGACCACCGCGGUGGAGAUGCACGCGCCUCCUUUGCUCCCGGCAGAGCCGGGCCGAUCAAGCAAGGCCAGUAAGUCCAGCGGCGGCAGGGCCAGACCCAGUGACUUGGCCAUCUAGCGGUGGUCUCUCCAGACAGCUUUAUAAUAACCUCUUUUCUAGCAACCAAAACCAAAGUGCAGUUCCAGUCUGCAGGUAGAGAAAGCCUGGAAGUGAGAGAGCACUGGAGUGGAGGAGGGGACGAUCAAGCGGAAGAGAGCAGGUUUCUGUGUGUCCAUGCUUGCUGUUCUUAACACUGUGAGGUAGAGUGGGGAGAAGGUCCACGCUUGCUGAGAUGGGGAGGUAGGGGCAAAGUGGGUGCAGGGGCUGUUGACCUUUAAAGAUAUUCACAACAACCCAAGAGUCCAGCAACCUGGGCCACCUUUGCAGGUGUUGCUGCCCAGCCUUGGGCUCCUGCUGUCUCUGUGGGUGACUGUUCUCCUGUGGUAAAAGCAGGUGGUGUCUGCAGUCACUUCAGUUCGGGGCAAUUAGGCUUUCCAUUCCUAUGCUCUCCAGAGCCUCUGGGCAGCCCAGAAAGUCACAGACGCACUUAGCACUAUCUCUGUUUGAUACUUUUAACUUAGAGUUGAAUUUCAUUUGGGAUAUUUGCCAAACUGCACUAAAAAAAGAUUUAGAGCAAGUCCAUAUAGUGUCAUUUGAGUUUCUGAAAUUGCCUGUGAAGCCCAGGAUAUCAAACUGUAUGCUUCAUGACAAGUGACAAUGAGCAGCUACCCUCCAGAGGUGGAUUCAGCGCAGGCGAGAGCCACAGAGGUUGCUGGUAAGAAAGCAGGUAGAAAUGCAGCGACACUCGAGAUAAUUUUUAAACAGCUGAGGAAAUUGAAAUAAAAGUGUGGCAGGUAUGCCUUAGGUAUUUAUUUUUUAAAUGAUAUUUUGUGCUUUGAUCUGAAUUGUACAGGUAUGCCUAUUUCCCCCCACUUUCUUUCAGGAGAAAUGAAAGAAAAAUAGUACUAUUAAAAUGAAUACUGACCAAGAGAAUGCUAAUUUGUCCCAUUACAUACUGGUAAAGAUUUGAACCUUCUUUUAAAGAAACUCUUCGACCUCAUGAGUCAGCUAAUUGCUAUGCGAAUGUACUAUAUAAAAUAAAGGCAGGGGAAAUUUAAGUGCAUUUCCAAUACUUGAAGUUGUGAAGUUUUUGAAUGGAAGGUUAAAAGUUAACUACUCUUGCCAGAAAAAUUAUUUAUACAGAUGAAUCGAUGACCUACAUUUUUUUUUUUAACAGUACAAAAUAAAACUCUUUGAGUUUCCUAAC